GAUCUGAGAACGUCACGUCCAGUGACGUCAGCGCGCCGGCUGUCGCGCUGUCAGGAUGACGCGGUUCUGGAGGAUGCCCAGGCCGAGCUGUGAAGUAAACGUUUCCCGACACUGAGAGUGACCGGCUUGGUGGUUGGGAUGGCGGAACCGGGGCACGUUACCCCCACGGACGCUGCACUGCAGAAACGGGUGGAGGAACUGGAGAGGAUGAAUUCAGAAUAUCUUCAGAUCAAGACCCAACUAGAGCAAGAAUUUAAUCAGAAGAGAGCAAAAUUUAAAGAGCUGUAUCUUGCUAAGGAGGCUAUUGUUCAAGCUUCACAAGAUGAGAUAGCACAAUUGAAACUCCAGCUAUCCCAAGCACAAGGAGAGAUGGAGAACAUCAAAGCUAUAGCUACAGUGUCCGAGAACACUAAGCAAGAAGCCAUUGAUGAGGUGAAAAAACAAUGGCAGGAAGAGGUGGCUUCUCUCCAGGCAAUCAUGAAAGACACCCUGCGAGAAUAUGAACUUCAGUUUCAUCGGAGAUUGGAGCAGGAGCGAGGGCAGUGGGGCCAGUACAGGGAGUCUGUAGAACGGGAGAUUGCAGAGCUUAGAAGGCGACUUUCUGAAGGUCAGCAAGAGGAAAACCUUGAAAAUGAUAUGAAAAAGGCUCAAGAAGAUGCUGAAAAGCUGCGAUCCGUAGUGAUGCCCAUGGAAAAGGAGAUUGGUGCAUUAAAGGAGAAGCUUUUGGAGGCAGAGGAGAAGAUAAAUGAGCUUGAGGCAUCCAAGAUGAAGGAACUAAAUCAUUACCUUGAAACCGAAAAGUCCUGCCGGACAGACUUAGAAAUGUAUGUAGCUGUUCUUAACACUCAGAAAUCUGUCCUACAAGAGGAUGCUGAGAAAUUGCGGAAAGAGUUACACGAAGUAUGUCAUCUCCUGGAGCAGGAGAGGCAGCAGCACAAUCAGCUGAAGCACACAUGGCAGAAAGCUAAUGAUCAGUUCCUAGAGUCCCAGCGUUUGAUGAUGCAAGACAUGAAACGUAUGGAGGCUGUUCUGACAACAGAGCAACUUCGACAAGUUGAAGAGAGGAAAAAGAAAGACCAGGAGGAAGACGAGCAAAGAAAUCGUAACCGAAAAGAAACGCAAAAAGAGGAAGAAGAAACAAAAGUGAUUGGAACAGUAACUCAUAAUGAAAUGCUUCCAAACCUCCAUAGCCAAGAGGGUCUCUUAAACAGUUCUCAUGGCUCAAUUCAUUCCUUAGAUGCUGACUUGGCAUUGCAUGAAGAAGAAGGUUUUAGUAAACAAGAGGACUUAUUUAAAGAUGGACUUCGGAGAGCACAGUCUACAGACAGUUUAGGUACAUCUGGGCCAUUGCAGGCAAAAACUUUGGGCUAUAAUAACAAAGCCAAAUCAGCUGGGAAUCUUGAUGAAUCUGAUUUUGGCCCCCUAGUGGGAGCUGAUUCUGUGUCUGAGAAUUUUGACACUUCUUCCCUUGGAUCUUUGCACAUGCCAAGUGGAUUCAUGUUAACCAAAGAUCAGGAGAAAGCAAUCAAAGCUAUGACUCCUGAGCAGGAGGAAACUGCUUCGCUUCUUUCAAGUGUUACUCAGAUAAUGGAGAGUGCGUAUGUGCCACCUUCUGGUUAUCGUCUGGUCAGUGAGACAGAGUGGAACUUACUGCAGAAAGAGGUGCAAACAGCAGGUAACAAGCUGGGGAGACGCUGCGAUAUGUGUUCUAACUAUGAAAAGCAGCUGCAAGGGAUCCAGACACAGGAGGCAGAAACUAGGGAUCAAGUAAAAAAGCUCCAACUGAUGCUGAGACAAGCAAAUGAGCAGUUUGAGAAAACCUUGAAGGAUAAACAGGAACUUGAGGACUACAUGAAACAGAAUACAGAAGAAACAACUAAUCAAAUAUCCAUCCUUACACAGAGAGCUCAGGAUUCAGAAACCUUGCUUACAGACUUGCAGCAAGCGUUCUCUUUGGCAAAGAGAAGUGUUGAAGAGCAAAUGGCCGUUCUUAUGCAGUCGCGGGAGCAGGUUUCUGAAGAGUUGACUAGGUUACAGAAGGACAAUGAAAGUCUUCAAGGGAAGCAUGGACUGCAUGUGUCACUUCAGCAAGCAGAAAACUUCAUCCUUCCUGAUACCAUUGAGGAGUUGCAUGAACUAGUUUUGAAAUACCGUGAAGAUAUUAUUAGUGUCCAUACAGCAUCAGACCACCUUGAAGAAAAGCUGAAAGCAGAAAUACUCUUUUUAAAAGAGCAAAUUCAAGCUGAACAAUGUCAGAAGGAAAACAUAGAAGAAACACUUCAAAUUGAAAUAGAAAACUGUAAAGAGGAAAUAGCAUCUAUAUCAAGUUUAAAAGUUGAGUUGGACAGGAUAAAAGUGGAAAAAGAGCAGCUGGAGUCGGCAUUGCAGCAAAAAACAAAAGAACUCCAAGAUAUUCAAGAACUGAAGACCUAUUUAGAGGAGCAGCUUAGAAAGGAGACCGCAAGCAAGACCAGCCUUGAACAGUUGCACUUUGAAGAGAAGAACAAAGCACAGCGGCUACAAACAGAGCUGGAUGUUAGUGAGCAAGUGCAAAGAGACUUUGUAAAGUUGUCGCAAACUCUGCAGGUGCAGUUGGAACGUAUUAGGCAGACUGAGUCACUAGAGGCAAUCCGAGCUAUCCUGAAUGAUACUAAACUGACUGACAUUAACCAGCUUCCUGAGACAUGACAUUGCGGUGGCACAAAGUUCUAUGGUUGCAACUGAGUUUUUUUUUCCAAAACUCAUCUUUAUAGUAACAAUUAAUUAUUAUUUAACUCUUAACCAGAUCAGAGGACAUGGCUGUAUGUGAAUAAGAGCACUGUAUAAGGGAAUAAAUCAUUGUGCAGGCAGGCGUCAUGAAAGUCUUUUCAUGAGGAACACUAAUAAAACUUGUUGCUUUCUCUGACUAAACAGUGCUGUAUCUCCAAUAAUAAAAUUCUGUGAGUUUUGUCUAUCAUUUUAUUUUUGGGUAACAAAAGCAAAGUAGGAUCCUUAGUUCAGGAUAUGAAGGGCUUUUUGAUGGUCUCCACAUGCAUCCUUCUGUUUAUCCCGUCCAAUUAUCACAAGUAUAGUGGCAGUGCUCGGAGCCCCUCUUUUUUUUUUUUGGCAGGUUUAUUGUGCACAUUAUAAUUCAGUCCUUGUAUUUUGAACACUUUUUAGAUGUGAAUGAUCUUCUGUAAUGGAACUGUUUUACUUUCCUAAUGGCAAUUUUGGAAUCAACCUGCUGAAUAUAAAUCUAGUUAUCGCUACGGUAUGAAAGAGACUAGAUGGGGGCAAGGUUAUUAUGGUGCAGACACAGCCUGACUUAAUUAUUGAUCCAGUUCCAGAAUCUGUGUACAUAUAAUGGUAUAAUAGCACUCAUUCCUCUUUGGCUGGAGGACGGGAUUAGGAUUCAGUUUUUGCUGUUCUUGAUGCAUCUGCAGUGAAAACUAAGCAGUCACAUGUGAAGAAUGUUAACAAUACCAUUGCAAUAUGCUGAUUUCUUUUUAACGGACUCACAGCAAAAUGAGUAGUGGUGUGAUCUGUUGUGCAGUAAAUAGACAUAAAACCAAUUUUAAUUCUGUAUAUUGCAGCAUGCACUGCCAGUUUAAUGUGUACAGCAGUAACAAUGUCUGUUGCAUGUCAUGUUUUGUACAACAUAUAUAGUAAAUGCUCAUGGCAUACUUUUGCAUUUGUCUGUAGAAAGGGUUCAUUUCAGUUCUCCCUCAUCAUUGAUGGAUACUGUACGGUUCCUUUUUAGAUAAACACUGAAGCCACAAGCUGCAAAAAAUUAUUCUGCAGCAAGAAAGAAUCUGCCACCAAUGCAGACCUAUUAAAUUAGGGGUGUUACAGAAAGCUCUACCCCAAAACACUGUUUACAUACAGAGAGUGCUAUUACUUGUUACUCUAGUCUAUGUCCUAAUUUAAAGUGCUCUCCAUGGUGACAGAUUAUCAGUCAUUGACUUUGCCACCUGCUUCACUUUUUUUUUUUGGUAGCUGCUUUUAACGGUUUCACGUUAUAUUGUUUUACAUGAUUGUACAGCAAUCCUUAAAAUCAAGUUAUAUAUUUUUUUGUGACCCACUAGUUUGAACUUUCAGUAACUGUUUACAAAUCUAUAUUUAUAAAUGACAAAUGAUUUAGUACAUUCCGGACAUUGCUACUCAAGCAAUGGACAAAACCUCAAAAUUGGUUCUGAGAAGAAUGAUGCUAAGCAAGAGAUGGAGGCUCUAUUACUAGAUAGAACUUUUUUUCAUAUUAGGCAUCUAUAAUAGGGUGCCCUUAUAUCACUACUAUAAUGACUGCUAUAUUGACCAAUCAGGGAGGGGGUCUAAAGAAAAGUUUGAAUACAAGGCAGCACAUCUCUUUUUCAAUGGCUGAGAGGGAUUGCCUAAAAGGCUCACCAAUUGUGUGGACACGUUUACUUGAUCAAAUGAUCCCUUACAGCCCAGUCUGCAUGCUAAAAUCAAUGUAGGAAUAGAAUGUCUGUAGCACACGUCAUAGAUCCAACAUAACUUUGUCAGCAAAUGCAGUGCAGUCUGUAAACUUCUUGCUACUUCCCAUUCGGAAUUUAAAUUUACUUCAUGCUACUGGCCCUUUCAGUUUUUAAGGGGAUCUCCUGUUCCCUAGCAUAUAUGUGCCAGUUGUCUGAUAUUUUUUCUCGCUGGUGGUUUUGUCUCUUGUAGUUAAUCACGGUCUCCGCUUCCUAUUCACUGACCACGUGGUGGACAUGAGCUUAUACAUAGUAGGUAAUCCCCACAAGGGCGAGGGGAAAAGCAGCUGGUUUAGGCUAUGAUAAGUAUGAGGUGAAUUUCGGAUUACCUCAGACCCUAAUUGAUGCAGUCACCUCAUUAGUGCAAGUUCAGAUUCACACACAGAAAAUAUAUAUUUUAUUUAUUCCCCCCCCCCCUCCCCCAGAUGCUGCCAAAAUAAUAACCCAUUCUCGCCCGUGCAACUACCGCUCCCUGCUUCCAGUGACAUCCAGGAAAUACAGAAACAGACUGGACAGCUGAUCAUUAACUGCAGGGGUGACCGGUCUUAGCCAGUUCCUGCAGGGUCAGGGCCACACAAAAGCAGGAUAAUGUUGAGAGCACUGGGGACUGAAUAUGAUGUCAAUACAGCAGUGGCUCUGAAGCAGGGCAGGUAUGGGUUUUGGGGGGAGGGGGUUGACAGCACCUGAGGGCAUUUAUGAAAAAAUGUCACCCUUAACGUCCUCUUUAAAUAUAACUUCCAAAAUGCCUGAAAAAAACAAUAAUACAAAAAGUCAUAGUUGAGAAAAAAUACCACUUAAAACCCACAUCCACUUACAAAGGUGUUAAAAAUGCCAAAUAAAUCCUGUCUAAACCUGGGCUAACAACAGAACCUGAGGCAGCCAACACUAGAAAAUAAAAGUAACUACCCAUAAGUAUGUCUGGGGUAAUUUAGGCCCUUAAAGGGGUACUUCUAUUUAAAAUUCUUACUCUUUCCAGUACUUAUCAGCUGCUGUAUAAUACAGAGAAAGUUCUUGGGGGAGAUUUAUCAAAACCUGUGCAGAGUAAAAGUUGCCCAGUUGCCCAUAGCAACCAAUCAGAUCGCUUCUUUCAUUUUCAAAAGGGCCUGUGGAAAAUGAAAGAAGCGAUCUGAUUGGUUGCUAUGGGCAACUAGGCAACUUUUCCUUUGCACAGAUUUUGAUAAAUCUCCCCCCUUUUCUUUCCGGUCUGUCCACAGUGCUCUUAGCUGACACAUCUGUCCAUGUCAGGAACUGUACAGAGUAGGAUAGGUUUGUUAUGGGGAAUUGUUCCUGCUCUGUUUAACUUUCUGGCGUCAGUUGAUUUUAAAAAAAAGUUUUCCACUGGAGUACCCAUUUAACAUUAGCCUUGGCACUCAAGUCUCCUCACUGUUUGCAAAUACAUUGUAAUACCCAAUCUACUUUUAGCGUUGUACUCUUCACUGCUAUGAUCUUGCUACCUUUCUCUUGAAUGGGGCCAUGCUGCAAUAUUUAGCUCAGCCACUGCAAAUAGUACAGCAUAGUCUAGUACAUGUAAGCAAUGAAGAGACUGUAGAGCUUGUUGGAGCACUGUGGCAUCUUCAAACAGCUGUUUUGCUGGGGCGGUGAGAUUCAGACCUCCAUCAAUCCUAAGGCUUUGUUGACAGUUUUUUUUUUUUCUGGCAAAAAAAAUGUAUAAACAUCUCAAGAAAUAACAAAGAUCCCUUAGUUCCCUGUGGGCUGGAAAAAAAAUGGUCCAAAACAGGCUAGAAAUCCAUUUAUGCCUAAAAAACCCAAACAAACUGCUCUUUGGGUUUAUAAUUAACCUUAAGGGUACAUUCCCACACAGCGUAUUUGCUGCUACGUAUUUUAUUUUCUCUGUUGAAGUCAAUGGGUAGGAAAAUACGCAGCACCAAAUACGCAGCAAAAUACGCCGUGUGGGAACGUACCCUAAAACAGUAUGUGCACAUAGCCUAAUAUUAAUGGCCUAAUGUGAGGAUGGACUCAGUUUUAGACCUGGAUUACCCCUUUAAAAAAUAUUUAUACUGCACUUCUUGCAGCUUGGCAGUACAAGUGAUGUUUUGGUGAACUGAAAAAAAAUAAAUAAAAAAGACUGCAAAGGGCUGACAUAUGUUUGUCACUAAGGGCUCAUGUACAUGUCCUUGAAUGUGAAGUGUCCUCAUGUUUAUGCCAAAAACAGGCAUGAAGACCAGCAGGGGGACUUGAAAAUACCCCUCUCCUCUCUACUGGAAUUCAUUUCUGAUUUUGUAUAAGAAUAAAGAAAGGACAUUAAACGCUUUAGCUCACAGACCUCUUGGAAUAGAGAACAUUGCUGUGCAUGUGUUUUAAUUGCUUGUCCUUUGACAUUUCUUGUAUACUGCUCUGGUAAACAUUCCACAUGUAUACUGGUAACAAAACACUUAGGGGGAGAUUCAUCAAAACCUGUGCAGAGGAAAAUUUACCAUUUGCCUAACCAACCAGAUAACUUGUUUCAUUUUUGAGAGGUUCUUUUAAAAAUCAAAGAAGCCAUCUAAUUGGUUGCUUUGGGUAACUGGGCAACUUUUCCUCUAUACAAGUUUCAAUAAAUCUUCCCCUUAGUACCUAGAAUUCAUGUCUAUAGCAGUAAGAUAACCACGUCCAGAUAUUCAUUUAUUCCCACCUCCUUUCUAUCCAUGAGGAAAAAUACAGCAAUAUGUCUGUAGAACAAACAGGUUAACCCAUGCCUAAAGAUAGUAUGUUCAUUAAUGGUGUCACCUACUGCUACAAUAUGAAGAUGAACUGUUUCCUUUACUUGGAGGCAGCUCUUAUUAAGUUGUAUCUAUCUUUCCGGUAUACUACAGCUCACCACUCUUAGAAUGCAUGGUUCUUGUAAUGCAGAUGUCAGGUGCAGUUUCCAGUAGCGGCACAUGAUUUUCUGUUUAAUUUAUUCAAUGCAAACGUAAUCUCACUAGUUACCAGAACAUUUCAUGUAAAAUACUACUUGACUGAUCAGGGUGUACUAUAUGCAGUUUUGUGUAACAGCCUGGAAAGGACUGUACUAUAGUCUGAGCUCUCACCUCAAGUCUUUAAUGUCUCCUGCAGAGUUCUGUUGUUAACAGGAUUUUUUUUUUCUAUAACCCUGUGUAACAUAUGCUACAGAUGUAUCCUGUAAUGAAAAGUGUUGACAAUUAAAAAGCUGCUGAAGAGU